GCACCCAUAUUUUGUACAUCUCCCUACACUGUUGCAUUUGCACAGCCAAAUAAGAUGCCAACCUAAAUAGUUGGCUUUGCGUUUAUUGUAUUUCGAUUUCGAUAAAGGCGAAUACAUUAUUUUGUGAUUCGAAUAGUUGGUGUCAAAAGCCUUGGAACCUCAAAGGCAGACAACAGCCGAACAGCAACAAGAGCAACUAGCCAUGGCCACCGCCAGUGGAUCAGCGACAGCUGGGCAUCCUCAACAACAGCAGCAAGAACAGCAACAACAACAAUUGGUGCGUUGCAAUGAGCAUGAUAUGCGUGAACUGCGCGAAAUUAAACAGUUGGUGUGGGGCGCCAGUGUGCGCGAAGAUGUAUUCAAGCGUUGGUCUCAAGGCUUUGAGUUUAGUGAUGUGGAGCCCUCGGCAUUGGUGCAAAAACAGGGCGGUCCUUGUGCUGUGAUAGCGCCCGUGCAGGCGUACUUGCUUAAGAUAAUUAUUGUGGAUAUGCCAGGUAUUCAACUAACAAAGCUGACCAGUGAGAAAUGCCAGAAACUGCUCAUCGAGGCGCUGUGCAACAUCUUGAAGAAUUGCCGUGCGCCGCGCUUUAAGAUUGUCACACUGCAACGGCGAUCAACCAAAGAGCGUCGCCUGACGCCUCCCACCGUCGCCGAUGCCAUUGAGGCGGCCACCGAGGCGGAGGAGUCAACUGGUACAGGAAUUGAUGCGGAUGCUGCAUCGACUGCUGCUGCUACUUCGAUUGUUUCUCCGACUGCUGAUCCGACUGCUGCUGCUGCUGCUGCUGCUGGCAGCAGUAAAAAUGCAUUGGGUACAGGGAAUCGCUUGAAUUUGGAUCUGACACCAGAACAAUUUCAUGAGCGCCUGCACACACUGCACUUUGAGCAUGUUGCGGAUGUGGCACGCCACUAUCUGGAUAACUAUAGUCAGCUGUCAAAUACGUAUGGUGUGCUGUUGUUUAUGUAUUCGGUAUUCCUUACCAAGGGCACCGAACUGGUCACAGCGGAUAUAUCGGAUCUAUCGGAGCCGCAAAUACACAGCACAUAUGGCUAUGGGGCACAGUCGCUAAUCAAUUUGAUGCUAACGGGACGCGCCGUAGCGCAUGUCUGGGACAAUGAGCAGGAUGUGGGCGGCUUAAAGCUGCGCGGCAUCUGCGAACAGAGCGACAUCGGAUUCAUUACACUGAUGGAACAGAUGCGCUACUGUACAGUCGGCUCCUUCUUCAAGAAUCCACGCUAUCCAGUUUGGGUCAUGGGCUCCGAUACGCAUUUAACUGUUUUGUUUAGCAACGAAAAGAGGCUCGUCUCGCCAGAGACAGCAUCGGAGACGGGACGUCGGAUCUUCAAGUCAUAUGAUCCGGAGGGAAACAAUUUCAUAUCGAGCACCUUGCUGCGGGAUGUGCUAGCCGCGUUGAAUUUGGUCAGCGAGCCGGGAUAUGUCAAUUUCAUGCAGAAGCGCUUGGAUCCAGAGAAUCUCGGUAUUAUACUCCUUAACGGCUUCAUGGAUGAAUUCUUUCCCUUGGAGCGCCGCUCAACGCCGGAUACAUUCGACCUGCUGCAUUACAAUGGCAUACCCGGUUCCAAUGAUAGCAACAAGGUGCGUUACUAUUGUGGCUCGGCCAUACUGCUGGAAGGUGAUCUCAAGUCAAUAUGCACUUCAAAUCCGAUGGUCACUUGCCUGCAGACCAAGUGGCCCAACAUUGAGGUCAACUGGCAUGAAUAUUUGCCCUCAUUGAAUUGACGUCCUUCUUAAAUGAAUGAAUAAUAGCAAAAGCAGUAGUAAAGCAGAAACAGAAAACAGAAGCAGCAACAACAGCAAACAAGAAACAAAAGAAAGAACACAAAACAAAAGAACUACGGCAAAAGUAGCGGCACAUCUUUAUUUCAAACACCUUUCAAUUGUUUAUUAAUAAUUUAUUGAAUAUCGUUUCAAAAACAACCAAAAAAAAAACAAUUAAGAAAAACAAAAAAAAACGACACAAAAAAAGAAGAGACAACUAACACAACUUACACAAACACACACAUACACACUCGCACACACACACAUACACCCACACACACACACACAAACAUAUAUACUAAAAUAUGCAAUACAGAAAUAUGCAGAAAUUUUGAUUUCGCAACAUUAAUGCUUUAAACAUGAUCGCAUCCUUAUGCAACAAGAAAAACAAAAAACUUAUUGAAAAUAUUAUUGUUUGCCAUUCUAAUUGUAAGAUUCACAAAUUUAUUACGCAUAUUGUAAACCGAAUCAGACAGAAACAAGCAGAAGAAUAACUACAAAAUUUGCAAACAAUAUAUGCACAACUCUCUCGUAACAUACCCACUCAUGCACACACAUACACACACACAAUCACACACACACACACAAUCACACACACACACAAUCACACACACACACAAUCACACACACACAAUCAUACAUAUACAUACACAUUAAAAACAAAAAUUUUGUUUUAUGGCCUUUUAACAAAUUAAUUGUAGUGUUUAAAACAAUUAAAUAAAAUUAAAAACCAACUAAA